AUGACGCUACCUUCGACGAGCAGAGGAUAGAAACGUCCUCGCAAAGUAUUGCCAUGAUUUCAAAGGUGUGGUCCACAUACCAAAGAGUCAUGAUAAGAUUCUAGGUUAUGACAGCAGGUAUAAGUGGCAGUUGGUAGACCUGGUAUUGUAGACAUCGUAUGCGGGUUCAAGACUGACAUUCAGUUUGAAGACAUCAGAAAAGAAGGAAAAUACGGCAAUGGCGUCACCAAGGUAUCCCAAAACGGCAGUCAACAAGUUCGGUCGAUUAGCAAAUCGAGGUGUAUACGACUACGCAACAAUCCACACUCUCAUCAAUACAUGUCCCGUUCUCCACGUCUCCUUCAAUGAUUCAAAGCACCCAUUCCCGGUCGUCCUACCCAUGCUAGGCUGCACCGGAAACUUCUCAAGCCGCGAUGCGGACCCAAACACCACAGAGCAAGAUCUGUACAUUCACGGCUACGUUUCCGGUCGCAUUUUCAAGCACGGUAAAGAGAGCAAUGAUGAAGGAUUGCCAAUCACAGUCGUAGCGACAUUUCUUGACGGACUGGUACUUGCGCUAGCGCCCUUCCACAACUCCUGCAACUACCGCUCAGCGAUCGCAUAUGGAUACGCCACCCUUGUGACCGACGAAGCUGAAGCUCUGUAUGCGAUGGAGCUCAUCACUGAUAAUUUGCUCCCGGAUCGCUGGGCGAAGAGCAGGAAUCCACCAACCAAGGCUGAGCUGAACUCAACGUCGAUCUUGAAGGUCAAGAUUGCGUCAGCGAGCGCGAAGAUCAGAGAGGGCGGGCCGAGUGAAGACAGAGCGGACUUGAAGGAUAAGGAGCUGGUGAAGAACACGUGGACGGGUGUGGUGCCGUAUUGGGGGACGUGGGGCGAGCCGGUACCGGGGAAGGAGAAUGGGUGUGGUGAGGUGGAGGGGUAUAUUGAGGAGUGGAGGGUUAAGGAGACUGGUAAAGCGAGGGCACAUGCUUUUGAGGUGAUUGAGAAGUGAUGCUUGGUAGAAGUUCCAUUAUACAGUAGGAUGUACCGUCUCUACCCAAAUU